CCCCCCCCCCCCAGGUGUGAAUGUUGAGGAACGAUAACGCCCCCCUUAAAAAAAAAAGAGUUGGGAAGACGGUAGCAGCGCGGGCUGCCCGGGGAAUGGCCUCCCCUCUCCCGCCGGGCCUCCUCUGAGGGGCGCCGGGCCGCGGGGGCGGCUUCGCGGGCCGUCGUUGGUUUUGGGUUGUUUUUUUUUUUGUUGUUUGUAAAUGUAGUUUUUGGAAGGGCACAAAUUUUUCGGCGUUGGACCUUUGGGGUUGUGGUUUGUUUUCUUUUUUUCCCCGGAGCGGCCUUGGGGGCCGGCGGGCGCGGGGAGCCGGAGGCCUGCUGGCGGCGGGUCCGUGUGCGGGGCAGGGCGCCUCCCCCCGCGCUGCAAAACCGCAGCCCAAAGUCAGAGUAGAAAAGCCAGCAGCAGCCAGGCACACAGGCGGCGGACGGAGAAACCGGAGCAGGCGGAGGAGAUGGGAUAUCCAUAACUUUGGUUUGUGCUUUAUGACCAAGGAAAGGGGCCUAACAACUCACCUGAAAGGGUGAGUUAUCAUCGAACCAAGGGCAAAUUUCUGUAUUAAAGCCGCUACAAGAAAGGAACACUAGAAAAGCUGGUUCUGCUUGAGGCUGCCCUCCUGCUUUCUCUAUACUUACCUAGUCUUAGUGGGUGAUGUCCCAGCGGCUCUAACGGCCAGACCCCAGUAAUUCACUCGAAGCAUCCAGCCUCUUGGGCCCCCCAAAAGAGAACAGCUGUGUCGUAUCACAGUCGCACGUGAGAAAGCUGUUUUAGCUGCAGACAACGAAUCGCCUGAAAGAUGGAUCCCUGCAGGGAGUGACGGAGGAACUCGUGUUCCUGCUUGCAGCACUUCUAAGGAGCCUGUCUCCGUUCAUUAACAGGCAGGAGCAUUUGAAAGCAAUCAUGGAUGACUAUGAUAUCAGGUCUGCUGCCAGCAUUUUAGCAUCUGUUAAAGAGCAAGAAGCUCGCUUCGAGCGGCUUACCCGUGCACUUGAGGAAGAGCGGCGCAAUGUCUCCUUGCAACUCGAGCGUGCCAAUCAGCCGGCAGACCGAAUGAGCGUUUGCAACAUUGGCCAUGGCCAGCCCCUGGCAACCGCCUGGCAGCAGCUUGUACUGCAGGAACAAAGCCCCAGUAACCAGACAUCAAUAGCAAUGAUGCAAGAGCCUCAAGAAAUGGUGGAAGAGACAGUUACUGUGGAGGAAGACCCAGGCACUCCCACUUCCCAUGUGUCCAUUGUCACUUCUGAAGAUGGAACCACGAGGAGAACUGAAACCAAGGUUACCAAAAUGGUCAAAACGGUCACCACCAGAACAGUGCGCCAGGUGCCCCUUGGGCCUGAUGGCCUGCCAUCAAUGGACGGCUCGUCUCCCAUGGGCAGCUACACGGAUUCCAUAGACAGAAGGUACAUGAAGAACGGGGAGCGGUACAUUACACCGCAAGCAUCUUCCACGUUAACCAGAUCUUACAACAGCUACAAUGAUUCUUACCCUGAAAGCCACGAAGGCCAGUAUCGCCCUUAUAUCGGUCAUGAUGGUUAUGGAGAUCUAUCUGAUAACUAUGGCAGCUUGUCUCGUGGUGUCAACUACCGUCCUCGCUAUGCCUACGUGCCAGGAAACAGUUACAGGCCAGAUGACGGUAGCUUCACUUUGCCAAGCAGAAGGGAUAACUACGGUCCCGUUGCCCAGCCUCAGGUGCCAGUAGGUAGCAACGUUGACUUGAACCGCUCCCAGCCAGAACGCUUCCAGCCAGAGCCCUAUGGACUAGAAGACGAUAACCGCAGCCUUGGAGUAGAUGAUGAAGGAUAUGAACUGGAUCCUGAUUACUCCACUGUGAACCGGAGGACAGCUGCAGGUGUGCCAGAGAGGGGACGACCUCACAAAGGAAGGGGCUACGAUGACCCCAUCGAGACAGAGAUGGUUGAAGAGAGGAUACCUUACCUUCACGGUGGCUACGCAGCACCGCUGGCACAGCCGGAGAGAGGAAGCAUGGCUAGUAUUGACCGUCUGGGGAAGCGCUCCCCCUCUAUUGACAGCAUUCGUAAAGACCCCAGGUGGAGGGACCCUGACCUCCCUGAAGUGAUUGCCAUGCUCAGCCACCCCAUUGAUCCAGUCAAGUCGAACGCCGCAGCCUACUUGCAGCACCUGUGCUACGAGAAUGAUAAAAUCAAAAAGGACGUGAGGCACCUUAAAGGGAUCCCUAUCUUGGUGGGCCUACUUGACCAUCCAAAGCCGGAGGUCCAUCGGAAAGCCUGUGGGGCGCUCAGGAACAUCUCCUAUGGGAAGGAUAAUGAAAACAAGGUGGCUAUAAAGAACUGUGAUGGGAUCCCCGCAUUGAUCAGGCUAUUGCGAAAAACAAAUGACAUGGAAGUCAGAGAGCUAAUUACAGGCACCCUGUGGAACUUGUCCUCUUAUGAGCCCCUGAAGAUGGUCAUCAUCAACCAUGGUCUGCAGACACUUACCAAUGAGGUGAUUAUACCCCAUUCUGGUUGGGAGAGCGAGCCGAAUGAGGACUCUAAGCCUCGGGAUGCUGAGUGGACAACUGUCUUCAAGAACACUUCUGGUUGCUUACGGAAUGUCAGUUCGGAUGGAGCAGAAGCACGCAGAAGACUGAGAGAGUGUGACGGCUUGGUGGACGCCCUCCUUCAUGCUCUACAGUCUGCAGUUGGCAAGAAGGAUACGGACAAUAAGUCUGUGGAGAACUGUGUGUGCAUCAUGCGGAACCUUUCCUAUCACGUCCACAAAGAGGUCCCCGGAGCUGAUAAGUACCAAGAACUAGACGCCAGUCAGACUGCAAGCACGGGAGGCUCUCAGAAGAAGAAGAAAGACGAUGCUGGUUGUUUUGGUGGGAAAAAAGCUAAAGGAAAGAAGAAUGGAGAUUUGGACAGGAAUUUUGAUACACUUGACUUGCCUAAGCGGUCCGAAGCAGCAAAAGGCUUUGAAUUACUGUACCAGCCAGAUGUGGUCCGCCUGUACCUCUCCAUCCUCACCGAAAGUCAAAACUUCAACACUCUGGAAGCUGCAGCAGGGGCUUUGCAGAAUCUCAGUGCUGGCAACUGGACGUGGUCCACGUACAUCCGUGCAACAGUGCGGAAGGAGAGAGGCUUACCAGUGCUUGUGGAGCUGCUCCAGUCCGACUCUGACAAGGUUGUGAGGGCUGUGUCAAUUGCCCUGAGAAACCUUUCCAUGGAUCGUCGCAAUAAAGAUCUUAUAGGUAGUUAUGCCAUGGGUGAGCUGGUUAGAAAUUUGCCCAGCAGGCAGCAGAGAUCUGCAAAGAACCUGGAAGAGGAUACAGUGGUUGCGGUGUUGAAUACCAUCCAUGAAAUCAUUACUGACAGCUCGGAAAAUGCAAGGUCUCUGAUCCAGACACAGGGCAUUCAGAAGCUGGUAGCUAUCAGCAAGUCAGGCCAGUCUCCCAGAGAAACAAAAGCAGCCUCUCACGUUCUUCAGAUGAUCUGGAGCUAUAAAGAACUACGGAAUGCUCUGCAGAAGGAUGGGUGGAACAAAUCACACUUCCAGUCUGUUUCUGCAGCUCCAAAGGGUUCCAAAGGUACUGCUGGCAGGUCUGGCUAUGAUGACAGCACUUUGCCUCUGGUGGAUAAAAGCCAAGAUAAUGAGAAGGCUGGGAGUCCUGAUAUGAUACCUAUGGAUGAACUUGGCCCAGAUGGGUACUCCACCAUCGAUCACCGGGACAAGGAGCGCAAAUACAAGACCAGUGAUAAUACAGGGGAUGCCUCAGAGAAAGAACCUUUGAAAAAUGACACAAAUAGGAAAAACAUUAACAGGAGUAACAGGGCUUCGGUGAAUCUGGUGGAUGCCCGUGACAUUAAACCCCAGCCUGUUGACUCCUGGGUCUAAUUUGCAUGCAUGGGCUAGAGUCCAACCACGUUUUUUUUAAUUGAGGGGGAGAAGCAAACAUCGAAUCGACACAGAGGAUCUCAUCAGUCACCACUGCCAUUCAGAUUUGGAGGGCGCUGCAUCACUGACCAGGCUGCAGAUUCUAGGAGGAUGUGGGGAGAAAACACAGCUGACUGCCAUUGCCGACCCCGGAGCACCAUGCCUUACCGCGAGACGAUUGGCUUUUCAACUCGGUUACAUUCCCACCAGAAAUAGCCGCCACCUCCCCCUCCCUCCCACUCCUGCAAGAAGAGAGAAUCCAGGCUUCCAUCUAGCUGGCUGCGUUCUUAGGCGACUCUUACGUGUGGAUGGUGCCAAGUAGGAGAACUGAAGGUCAUGCGGCAGCAAAGACGGCAGCUUCACAAGCGAAAGAGAAACUGCAGAAUAUUUGAAAUAAUAUCGUAGGUGUAGCCAUGAAGAUAAUAGCACUUUUCUGGUUUGAGGCUCGUUGUUUUGUUCUUUGUUUUGGGGGAUUUCUUUUGAACUGUGAAUCUAACAUUUUUAAUGGCGUUUUGAAAAAUGUUUAGGUUUUCCUUAUUAUUUCCACAGAAAGUGCAGGAAUGUUGAGUUGGUUUAUUAGAUUUCUGUGAAAGGAGAAAAUGCAGAACAAAAACUAUUAAAGGCUGGUCAAAUGAACUGGAGGGUGGAUGACAAAAUUGAUGCAAGCUGUAUAAUCUGCUUUUAGAGUAAGCUAUAUCAAUCACAGUGCUAUAUUAUCAUUAUAAUCUGGUGUACAAUACUUCUGCCUUUUGAAUUCUGUAAUGGCUCUGUUUUUAUUUCCACAUAUAGAAAAGCAGUUUAUCGAAGGUUUCAGUGUCCCUGGUUCAGAAAUCUAUGCUGAGAAAUGGAGUUGGCUGGCUUUUAUUUCCUUGUUCUCAAAGAUCGCAAUAAGGAGCUUUUACAUUUUAAAUGUACCAGUGCCGCGUUGAUGAUUAACAAUUUGUUUUUCCAUAGCUGUUAACACGUUGGAAGAAAAUAAGAGCUUUUUCGUAGGAUGUCUUAUUUUAAACACGCUAUAAAUUUUAGAUGGGUCUGUCACUUAUAUUUGAUGGCAAAUUUAUCACUGUUGGGUCCACGUUUGCUUUGGGCUAUAGAUCCUGAAGAAGAAUGCCACAAAGGGAACUGGUUUGGCAUUUUUAAAGUCAUCAUCGUGAUUUCUGUGUUCCUUUGGAUUUGUUUUGAGCUUACAUACUUCAUUUGGUGUGAAAAUCACCCGUGUGCAACGGUUCUCCUCUGAGAUGCCAAGGCCUGCUUUGUGUAAGGGGGAAUUUUUACCUUUCGAGAUGUACCCUGCAUAUAUGGUACCCGGUAAUGCCAUGAACGACAUGACUUCAGAUCACUGAUUUUCUCCAGGCAUUGGUCAAGGGAGGGCAGCAGAUGAGAAUAGGAAGCAAAUGUCGCGCUAGUAGCAUCGGAGGACUUUUGCUGAUUUUAUUUCGUUGCCACUGUUCUUUGAUUGCCACGUUUAGUUUUAAACAAGCUCCUAAAAAACGGUGUGACUGGAAAGCACAUUUUUGAAUCUAGCAAACAUCAGUUGCGGUUUUCAGUGCCUGCCGUUUCCUUUGUAAUUAAAAAGGGGAAAUAUCCAACGACCUCGCCUCCCCCGAAAUAUUACUGUAAUAGUAAACAUCAAAAAGUUUUAUAAAAAAAAAAUUAAAAGUUUAAAAAAAAAGGCAAGUACCGAGAGCUUUGUAUCUUCUUGAGUAUAUUAAAAAUUUGACAUGAAUACAUAUAUAUAAAUAAAAAAAAAUCUAUAUAUCUAUAUAUAUAUAUUGCUGUGCAGAGGAUAGGUUAACAAAACCAUGUAAAGUAGUUUGCAGGAGAGGGAAGCAUUUGUUGAUUCAGGGAAAAAGACUGAUGCCAGAAGCUGUCAGUGAUUUGGAUGAUACAGGUGCUCCUUCACACCCUCCCUUUUUUCACCCUCAUCUUCCACGUACGUUGCAGUGGUUGCUUCUGGAUCCUGGGGAAGGUGAAGUUGCUCAGAGCAAAUUGAGGUAGCAAAGCUUUGGUUUUUCACCUGCAUGAGAGUCCUGUUGGGCCAAAGACGCUCAGCGGAUCAAGGGAAGCAAAGAGAUACAUCUGUGAUUAUCUGCGUUUGUGUCGGGGCAGUGUCUCUCUGUGUGUAGACAUGAAGUGUGGCAAUGAAACCAGAUACAUAGUCUGACUGUAUAUUAUAUCAAUGGUGCUCUUUUCAUACUUGUUCUGCCAAUACGCGGAGACCCUUUUAACCAAGCUACACAGAAGAGUUUUAUAUCACUUUUGGUUAUGUACUUGGUGUAUUCUUUUUGUAUAUGAAGGAUUUUUUUAAAAACGUUCAGUAAUUAGCAAUGGAACCUGCUUUGUAGCUGAUUAGAACAGUGUAAGAGAAGGGCCGUGCUAUCAGUCUGUCCCUGAUCUACUUCAAAACAUAUAUUUACCAAAGGAGUCUGAGCAAAAGUUCACUUAAAAUAAAGACCUGACUGUUGAAAGGAGUCUCUGCUAAGACUUUGUGAUUUAGUUAUUGUACAGAUAUUUCAAAGCCAGCAAGAGGUGAACAGAGAAAACUGCAGGAAGGGAGAAGCGAAGUGGCAUGGGGCCAGUGAUGUCCGUGACCUCCUAUCCCAGAUAUCCCGUGGCUCUUCGUGGGGCGCUACAGGGACACUCAAAAUCUGGGUCGGGAUCUACUUUGGCCUCUGUCAUUAGUGGGCGAAAACCACCGAGGAGUACUUGAGAAGCAAAUUCAGACCCUAUCCCACUUCCCCCAAAAUCCUUUUCGUAUUCGCACUGCGCCCUGUGAUAAGCAAACCUCCCUGUCAGGUUAGAUGGCAUCGGCUACCCAGGUAUACUGGUAUGGUAUAUAUACCAGGUAUAUGCCCAGCAAACUGUUUUCCUGGGGGUAAGUGUUUGUGCCGGCCGGUGUAGUUGUCAGCUGGCAACGUCGUUUGUUGCUGUAGAAAAGCAAGGGAUGUGUAUCAAGAGGUCAAGUACCAAGUCCAUGGGCCCAGAGUUCCCCUGGGAAUCACACGUCUCACCCCUGCCCUUCCCAUGCCUUACGAUAACGACGCAUUCCCAAGUAUGUAGCAAUAACCCAUCAUUUACAUUACUGUGGUUUUUUUCUUCUCACCAAACUGUCGUUUGGAUAUUGAGGAAGGAAAAUGGAUUGGGGGGCGAGUUGCAUGCGAGGCCAUCACCUUGCAUUACCAGCCCACCAGCUGAAGUCCAAAGCGCGGUACUUUGAACCAGGUCUGGUGAUGUUAUUUCCCUUUCAUCUAUGGCCACAAGCUCUGUGGUGGGAUGUGCGCCCCACCUGCCCUUACCUCUCCCCUUGUUGGCACAAGUGUGACUGGCUGGUUGAGCUGUUCGGGGUUGUGGGUGGAUGAACCCGUAAUUGUUGUAUUUUGGUAGCAGGGACUGUAUGUAAAGAAGGGGAAGAGGCAGUGUGUGUGACUAGAGCUGCAGUAGGGUCUAGAGUCUCCUGCUAAAAGGUAGGCAGUGCUUUGUAGGGCUCAGGUAUGUGACCUCCUCUUUUCCUGUUGGCUCCACUGUGAAAACUGGAGGGAAUCUGCCUGCAAAGAGCUGAGGUAGAAGAGAUUUCUACCUGCAGCAAUUCUAGUGGGAGGGAUGGUUGUGGAAGGGAAGCGAUGGUGUUGCAAGACUCCUGCUAAAGAGAAGGAGGAAAUGUGAUGGCCCAGCGAGGACUGAGAUGACACAGGGGAGAGGGAGGCUUCUGAUGGCAUGUAAUUACUGCAGAACUUUCUUCGCAGGGAGGUGGCUUGCACAUCUCGCCACCAUCUUCACUAAGUUGUGGAGGUUUAAAAAAAAAAAAAACAAAAACAAACCCCCAAGCCACUGUGUGUCCAGACUUCCCUGGAGAAGCACCAGGUUUGGUUGUUGAGUGUGAGCUUGUGCUUACAGGCUCCCAGGUUGGUCUGUCUGUGGAAUCCCAGGAGGAGAGCGGAAAGGCAAGGCUUUAGGACACUCUGUUUCUGUCUUGGAGUUAAGUGGUAAUUUAGCCAUAAGUGUAACUUGACAACUCAAGAUGUGUUGCCAGCUUGAAAUGCUCCCCAGGGAACAGCUUGGGCAGCCGUGGGUCCUGGUCGUCAGUGUCUCCUGGGCAAAGCACCUGCCUAGCCUAGUUCUACGUUUGUGCGCUCAGACAUGCCGAUUCUGGAUGUGUCCGUAUCAGGAAAGCACAUCUUGUCUCUUUUGCCAAGACAUCACAGAAGGGACUGGCCUGGGGACUCGGAACUGACCUGCUGGAAGCGACGCAUCAGGAAAGCAGGGCGUUUGUUACUGCAGAUCAGUAAGUUCUUGGCAGCCUCAGGAGUCAUGUUCAGCAAUGCUUUCUCGUGUGCAAGGCUUGUGCUCAGCAAAGCAGGUUUCGCUCCUAGAACAGUUCCGUGAGACUGAAGGUGGUGAGUUACCUUCUGUUACUUGCCUUAAAGCUGAGCGUAUAGGCUCAGCUACCUGUGAGAGAGGUGCGCAUUAAACCCUUCAAGUAAGCAAAGCUUCAGAAGCCAAAUGGGCACAUGAGGGUGGUUGUAGGUUGUAGCCUCUUCUGCUGUCCGACUGCCCGCUCGGUGAAACCUACAGCGCGCCAACAACUUCAGCCAGCAUUUCUGUGCUGGUGGGGUGGAGUCGUGCUCUCACAGUUUUUGAAGGUGUUUAUAUAGGCAUAGUUUCUUGCAAAAUUUCUUCAUUUUGAUGCCCCUAAAACCUGGUGUUUCCUUAUCUUUGACAGAGAAAUUUUCUGAGUUAUUGGUACAGUAACUAAUCUAGUGCAUUUAAGGGGAAGGUAUCAUGAACCUUUUUUUUCUGUCUUAAGUUUUACAUCAGGGUAGGAUGUUCUGAAGUCCGAGGUGAGGAGGAAGGUAAUGCAGAUACUACAAGGCCUGCCAAUCUGGUUCUUACUGUUCAGAAAAACAAAACAACUAGACUAAGAAGCUUACUGGUAAUUAGUAGCUAAUGUGUUUGUAACUAUCAUGUGCCUUAAAAUUUUCAUGGUAGAAGAAUAAAAAAAAAAAAUCAACAAUGUGUUUUCUGUAAUACUGCUCAACAUUCUCUCUGUAGUUUAGACUGGUGGGAUUUUGCAUUGUAUUUACACUGUACUAUAAACUGAAACACUUACGGUUUGAUUUUACAAGUAUGGAGAGGAAAAAAAAGGUGGAUUAUGCUUUUCAUAGAACAAAUGUUACCGUGACAGAAUGUAUUAUUACUAUUAUAGGAUCUUUCCAUAAUGCAGACAAGUAGAAUGCUUGUUAGAAACCAGGUAUGUAGGAUAACAAUUUGGUGUGUUUUCAAUAAACCAUGCCUGGAAAGAA